GUGUAGAAGAGAGAGAGAGAUGCACAAAUGAAGGGAUGUAGCAGACACUAGCAUCAAUAAAUAUACGCAAAUAUUGUACCUGGAUCUAUAUAUAUAUAUAUAUAGUAGCCAUUGCCACUGUGUAGAGCUGUAAAAUAUACUGGUAACGAGGACCACAACCAUGCAAUACCGUUUGCUACUUCUACUCGCACUAUGGCUUUUAGGCCAUCAUGGUAUCCUUACAAGCGGGUGCUUCGAGAUCGAAAAGGAGGCACUCCUAACCUUCAAAGCUGGUAUUAUCGAUACGAGCAAUCGCUUGUCUUCAUGGGCCGGUCGAGAUUGUUGUAGCACUUGGAAGGGAGUAGUUUGCGACAACAACACCGGCCACGUUUUGAAGCUCAACCUUCGAAACAAAUAUUUCGGGCAUUCCAAUUGGUCAGAUUAUAAUUCCCUGCGCGGUGAGAUCAAUCCAUCUUUACUUGUUUUAAGUCAUUUGAGUCGCCUCGAUCUUAGUGGGAAUGAUUUUGGUGGAAUCUCUAUCCCGAAAUUUAUCGGUUCGUUAAAAAGCUUGAUGCAUCUUGAUCUCUCCGGUUCUAAUUUCGGGGGUGAGAUACCUGAGCAACUUGGCAACCUAUCUAAUCUUCGUUAUAUCGACCUUUCUCGUUCGCUCUUCACUUGUGAAACGCCUCUUCAGAUUAGUAAUCUCUCUCGACUGCAUACUCUGCGUUUGAGUGACGCUUUUGCUUCCUACAACCCUUGUGUUGGUGACCUUUCAUGGCUCUCUCACUUGUCUUCUAUUAGGGUUCUUCAUUUAAGCCUGCUAAACCUAUCCAAUGCUACAGAUUGGUUAGAAGCAGUAAACACGUUGCACUUUCUACAAGAAUUAGUUUUAUCAGCAUGCCAUCUUACUAACAUUCCAACAUCUCUUUCUUAUCUCAAUUUCACAUCCCUGAAAUUUCUUGCUAUUAGUGAAAAUGGUCCCUUCAAUACCAUUCUGCCAACUUGGCUAUGGAAUCUUACCAAGCUUUCCUAUCUUGAUCUCAGAUAUUCUGGAUUUCAUGGGAAGAUCCCAGACUCACUUGGAAACUUAACUUCUUUGAACACCCUAUUGCUAGGAUCUAAUGAUUUUGACGGUGGCAUACCUAGAUCAAUUCAAAAUUUGUGCAAUUUAGUAAAUAUAGACUUGAGUUCUGUUGGCAUCGGUGGAGAUAUUGCAGAGUUGAUGGGGCAGUUGCAUUGCUCAUGGAAGAAUAUGGAGCAACUAAUGUUACAAAAUAACAAGCUUCAUGGAAGUUUAUUUGGAUGGCUAGAGGAGAUGAAGAAUCUAAGCAUUCUUGAUCUUAGAAAUAAUUCACUAGGAGGGCCUAUUCCUAGUGGAAUUGGGAGACACUCAAAUUUUCAAUGGUUAGACCUCUCUUAUAAUUCCUUGCAAGGUGUCGUAUCUGAAGCUCAUUUUGCCAACCUAUCAAAGUUGGACACGUUGAUCUUAGGCCCAAAUUCAUUGAUGAUUGACAUGGAUCAAAAUUGGAUCCCUCCAUUUCAACUUUCAUAUCUUAUUUUAGAUUCUUGUCAAUUUUCGCAUCCUCAAUUUCCAGCGUGGCUUCGAUCGCAAAUGCUACUUGUUGAUCUAAGCCUGCCCAACACUAGCAUUGCAGAUACCAUUCCUGAAUGGUUUUGGAAUUUGCCAUAUCGUUUUGUAGAUCUCUCCUAUAAUCAGAUUAGAGGCAAGUUGCCCGUGUCCUUGCAAUCUACAAUCCUAGAACGUUUUAUUUGGAGGUCUAACAGACUCGAAGGCCCAAUUCCGUCUUUGCCAAACACGCUUAAAAUAUUAGAUCUCUCAGAAAAUUCUAUAUCAGGACCCCUCUCACCACUCUCCAAUAUUUCGCAGUUAAAUUUUUUGUUACUAUCAAGCAAUCAGAUUAACGGUAGUAUCCCAUCUUAUAUAUGUGAACUAAUAUAUCUAGAAGUUCUAGAUCUUUCAAACAACUCUUUAUCAGGAGAACUCCCUCAAUGCUGGAAGAAUUCAUUCCUUUUAAUCUUGGAUUUGUCAAACAACAAUCUUGCCGGCAAAAUUCCUUCUCCAAUUGGUUCACUGAGCUCGCUCACAAUAUUGCACCUCAACAAUAACAACUUCUAUGGAGAACUUCCUUUGGAAUUGCAACAUUCCAAUAAUUUGCUGUUCCUUGACGUUAGCAACAAUAAACUCACAGGGGAAAUCCCAAGAUGGAUAGGUGAAAACUUGCAGGAUCUAGUAAUAUUGCAGUUGAGAUCAAAUAUGUUUGUGGGAGAAAUUCCUUCGGAACUUGCACGACUUGCUCAUCUCCAAUUCUUGGAUCUUGCGCAUAACAAUUUGACGGGAUCAAUACCACGCUCUUUUGGUAACUUUAGCGCUAUGACCUAUGAUGCAAUUCACAAUUAUGAUGGAAAUGGAUAUACCAUUGACGAGAACAACUUUACAUCUUUUGACUACAGUAGUAACUUGCUUGUGGUAAUACACAGAGAAGAGUAUCAAUAUUCUACCACCAUUUAUCUUCUCAAGAUUCUGGACCUCUCAGAAAACAAUCUAAGUGGUCAAAUUCCAGAAGAGAUAGUUGCACUUGUGUUAUUGCGUAGUUUGAAUUUAUCAGGAAAUCAUCUAACUGGAAUGAUUCCGGAAAGGUUAGGUGACAUGCGCUAUCUGGAAUCGCUUGACCUCUCCCUAAAUGAGCUUCAAGGUGCUAUUCCACAAAGCUUGUCGGCUUUGACAUUUUUGAACCACUUGAAUUUAUCUUAUAACAAUUUAUCUGGAAGAAUUCCAACGGGAAGUCAAUUGGACCGACUUAACGAUCCGUCAAUAUACAUCGGCAACUAUUAUCUUUGUGGACCUCCUACCGAAAAUAACUGUUCCAAAGAUGAUGCAAACCCUUAUCCUAAAAGAGACAACAACAACGGAACUCAUGAGACAAUAUGGUUAUAUCUUGGAAUGGGAUCAGGAUUUGCGACAGGAUUAUGGGGUGUGUAUGUUGCCUUCUUAUUCCGGAGAUCAUGGAGGAUCACUUAUUUUCAAAUGACUGAUAAAUUAUUCGAUGACAUAUACGUGAUGGUAGUGUUAAGUUGGAGGAGGCUGAAAGGAAAAAUUGCUGGACGAAGGCCACUUUCUUGAAGGAGUAUGCUAAUGGCACCUAAGAAAGAUGUAGCAAGCUACCUGCUUCAUUCAUCAAGCAAAAUGAACUGAGCGUACAAGAUGGAAGCAGCUAGGGCCUCCUAAGGGGAAGCAAAAAGGAGAAAAUGAACAAGAAAGGAAAGAUAGAAAUACAAAAAUGAGAGAACAGAUAGAGAAAUACAAACGCGUGGGGGAACAAGAAGAGAAAAAAAGAGGAUCACAGGUCAUUCCUGGCGAUCAUCAAGGCAAGACCGACUAGUCGUUCGUCAAGGUAUGGACGCGCACAAGAGCCCUGGUAGCAUUAGGGCGGUACUCGCGGAAGACAGUGUUGUUGCGUUCCGUCCAAAUGACCCACCAAGUUGCUGCCAGAAUGGUUAGGCGUCUCAUUCUCCUCGUUGCAUCAGGGAUGCUAGAAGUAUUUGCCCAUUGUAAUGUUUUGCUUUAUGUGAGUUUUUGAGUUGGAGAAGGUAACUAUGUAGCCUAGUGGCCCUAGUCAUUAUUUUUUUUUCAGAUUUUCUUCUCAUUGACAUUGUCUUAUUUUGCUCAAAAUGCAUCCUAAAUAAGCUGAGUUCAAAUGGUCGA